CUUGCCCAACAGUUUUUUGUGAAAAGCAUCGUUGAAUUGAUUUAGUAUCUGCUCUAUAAUUCUUAGCCGUUUCUGUGUUUUUAAAGUUAAUUUAUCUAGAGUUUAAAAAAAUCUUAAUGGCCGCAGUUUCGGCACAGCAUCUUGCCGAUAUAGCGAAAUUUCUUCAAACUCCGCUGGGGAAAAUCUCCACCAAAGAGGAACUAAUAUCGCGAUCUCAUGGCGACAAAACAGUGUCGGGCGUUUUUAAUAUAAUAUUUUCGCUUUUGAGCGAAUCCAAAUCCUCGCUGGGACCCAAGAAUAUCUUGGAAGAAGCGCAGGUACGGCAAUGGCUGGAAUAUGCUAUUGUCUACGUUUUAAAUGCUUCUAGCGACCAAAAUAUACAAACGCUCUUAAAGGAUUUCAAUGGAAUUUUACGCACCAAGACAUUUUUAGUAGAAGAUCGUAUCACUAUCGCUGAUGUCUUUCUAUAUUACACAAUUUCUUAUAUAAUGGAGAAUCUUGCGAAUGCAGACAAAGAGAAAUACUUGAAUGUAUCCAGGUGGUUUGAUAAUUUACAACAAAAUGUGUCGCUUAGGCAAUCGCGCAAGUUGGUAGAUUUUAACAUCAAUUUUUUGUACUUAACGAAUCCUUCCCGACACUAAAUGUAAUUUAUAUUUUAAUAAAGUGUUUCAAAAUUUGAAGAAA